GGGGGUUGUGGGUGGAUGCGCAGAUGACGGAGUGAGGCCGAGCAAGAGGAGGAAAGUCGACGAUGAUAAUGAUGAGUUCCCCCGUACUUUUCCGGACACUAUCACACACAUGCCUCAACUCAAGCAUCCGAUUCCACGGUUGCAAGAGCUCAGCUUGUCCGCAUUCGAAGCAAAGGUAGCGGACCCGGAGAUGCAAAUACCGCAUAUCAUUGAGGGCGCGAUACAGCACUGGCCUGCGUUCGAGGAGGCCCGCGCGUGGAAGAAGCCAGGUUAUUUGAUGCGCAAGACGCUGAGUGGGCGGCGGCUUGUUCCCGUCGAGAUUGGGCGGAGUUACACGGAUGCAGGAUGGGGGCAGAAGAUCCUGACGUUCCGGGGCUUCAUGAGUGAGUACAUGCUCGAGCCGGACUCACCCACAGCCGCAGAGCCUCGCACAAGUGGCCAUUCAACAAGCGAUGAGACACACACCGAAAAUCCGUCGUCGGCAGCAAAGAAGGACCAGAAAGGCUACCUCGCCCAACACGACCUCUUCGCCCAAAUCCCCUCCCUUAGAUCCGACAUCGCUAUCCCAGACUACUGCUACACCUCUCCAGUCGCUCCGACCAGCAACCUUUCCAACGUCAAAGCCGUCAAAGAGCUCGACGAGCCACUGCUAAACGCAUGGUUCGGUCCCGCAGGCACUAUAUCUCCACUCCAUACCGACCCCUACCACAAUAUCCUCGCGCAGGUCGUAGGGUAUAAGUAUGUGCGGCUGUAUGCGCCGGGCGAGACGGGGAAGAUGUAUCCGCGCGGGAUGGAGGGCGAUGGUAUUGAUAUGAGUAAUACGAGCUGUGUGGAUCUGGACGUCGCUAUGGGCGUUUGGAACGAAAUUUCUUGCUGGGAGGAGGAAGACGAGGUGGGUGGUGGGCAUGCAGAUGGGCAUGCAGAUGGCGAAGAAGAUGCAGAUUUAGAAAAGCUGCAUCCCGCCUUCCGCACUGCACGCUACAUAGAAGGCGUGCUGGGCCCCGGAGAAUGUUUGUAUGUGCCAGUGGGGUGGUGGCAUUAUGUACGGAGCUUGACGCCGAGUUUUAGUGUGAGCUUUUGGUGGAAUUGAAAUCGAGGUUUUGGUCUAUGCGACAGUACAGAGGGCAGGUUAGAGACAGAUGACGCCACAAUGGGAACGACGAUGGGGGGUUUGGCUCGGGAUGGGUGAUGGGAACGGCUGGAAUCGACAAUGGGAGGUAAGGCAUGGGGGGCGGGACGUACGUAUCGUCGUAAUCGAAAUCAUGACGAUUCCCGUUGUAACGGAAAUGUCGCGGCUUCAGAUAUGGCAC